AACCCAAGGAAACAGUCGAGGCUGAAUUGCAAGUCAGUUCCAAAACGUGGCAGUGUUUCUGAAGACCCUUGCUCAUCGUACGCUUCGAAACCGAUUGACCAUGCUUCACAACGUGCCUGUGUUAGUUCUUUAGCGGCUUCCAGUUUGUCUGCAGAUACUACCAGGGGAAGUGGCUUAUCAGAAGACCAAGUGAUAGACGUGGAGGUCUUGGACAAAAUUGUCCGACCGGUUCAAGAUAUCGACCGAACAGAUGAAAUCACUCAAAACCCAGAAACACAGCCAAUGUCCUCUAUUGCACGGCUAUUGUCCGCGACAUCAAAAUCCAGAGCUCAUCUAACGCGUCGACGGAAACGUACUUUUAGCCUCCAACGGCAACAACUGGAUGUUAUUAGGAAGCACGAAGAAUUCAUAAAGGGUUUACCACAUUGGAUUCAAGAGCAUCGGCGUUUACUCGACAGAGCAAACCGUGACAAAGCAAACAUGUUAGUUUACGUCAAUCUACUAACAAAUCGGUUGAGCAAAGACAUCGAUCAGCUAAAGACUAUUCAAGUGGAAGCGAUGUUACUGCGAUGCCUUUCAGCACGUUCGAACUGAUUUACUCUAUCUGGUCAGCGGAUUUUAACAUCGGUUCCUCGAACGCGCAUUCCUUGUGGAAGAUAGUGGUACAGAUGAAAUAACUCGAGCUCACCCGGUGCAUACACCGCAUAAAAUGGUGUUGGCUCUUGACAGAAAUCGAGCAGUUCUGUUCCAGUUGCACGGAGUCAAUAUUAUCGGGAUUCCUCAUGAACCCAUCUUGCUCUACCCUUCUGCACAUUUUGUGAUGACGUUGUACAAAUUUUAUGAAAACUACCACAUAAAGAGCUUUUAUGACAUUA